UAAAUACAAAUUGACAAAUCAAAACUUCAGAUACUUGGUGGAGGAGAGAAGCGGAGCGGUCCAGUACUUGCGGCAGAGGAAAAGAAAAAAGAACAAAAAAUGAUUCAUCGCCGCCGUCAUAAUCACAGCUCGCAAAAAUCUUCAAACUUUGAAAGAUGAUCAAAAUCAAUCAACAACAAUAAACCCACAAGUAAUUUGAAUUAGGUUUCCAAAGUGAAUGGGCAGAUGGCGAGCUACUGCUUCUCUUCUCCUCAAUCAUAUAACCAGAAAUACCUCAAAUUCUCUAUCUAACCCAUCUUCGUCCCUGCAUAGUAAUAUCCGUCAUUUUUACCCUUUAGCUCGCAGUGCUAAUAAUUGCAAUAGUUUAUUGGGUUUACGGUCAUUUUCAGCUAUCACAUCUAGGGUUUCGGCUUUUGAUAAUGAAUUUGAAUUUGGGUCUAAUGAUUUGGCUUCAUUUUAUGAUUUUGGACCUAAAGAAGAUGAGGAGGUUGGUAAAAUUCCUGUUAAAGCCUACUUUCUAAGUACCAGUAUUGAUUUGAAGAGAAUGCAGUCAGACAAUUUAAUCAAUGUUGUUCCUCCCACCUCUCGUUCUACGAAUUAUACCGUCCUCAGAUAUUGCGGGUUUCCUUCAGAAAUGACAGCGCUUGGAGUCAAAGAUUAUAUCAAAUGCCAAUAUAUGGUUGUAUUCCAUUAUGGAUCCGCUGUUCUUUUUAAUAUUGAAGACCAUGAAGUUGAAAACUACUUAGAAGUAGUAAGAAGAUAUGCUUCUGGAUUACUUCCUGAGAUGAGGAAAGAUGAUUAUGCCAUAAAAGAGAAACCACUUCUGGUUGAGGAUAUGCGGGGAGGUCCAGAUUACAUAGUUCUUAAAACUUUAGAUACAGAUAGUAUUCGCAUUAUGGGAAGUGUGCUUGGGCAAAGCAUUGCUUUGGACUACUUCGUUUCACAGGUUGAUGGCAUGGUUGAAGAGUUUGCUGGCAUAAACCGUGCGAUGGAAAAAACUGGAACUUUUACUAUGGAUAGAAAGAAACUGAUACAACUUGUUGGAAAGGCUAAUUCAAAUUUAGCUGACGUCAUUCUCAAAGUCGGUCUAUUUGAAAGAUCAGAAAUUGCUUGGAGAGAUGCAAAAUAUGCUCAAAUUUAUGAGUACCUUAGAGAGGAAUAUGAGGUUACUCAACGCUUCGGGAAUUUGGAUUUCAAAUUAAAAUUUGUAGAGCACAACAUUCAUUUCCUUCAAGAAGUUAUUCAAAACAGACGGUCGGAUCUCUUAGAAUGGUGCAUCAUAUUCCUGUUGAGCGUCGAGAAUAUUAUAUCAUUGUAUGAGAUUGUCAAGGGAUAGCGUGCCAUUGCACCACACUUGAUGAUUACUACCAUACUGCUUAAAUUAUAUUUACAGGAAUCGUCAUUAAAUUCACAAUUUUUGUAUCUUUCAUAAUCUUCACAACAAAUAAACACAACAUAAUUUUUGUCAUCCGGGCGGUUACCAUGCUAGUUAAAUUAUAACUAUAGGAAUUAUCAAUUUUUGUAAUAGCAUGAUGUAUAAGGUAUAGCGGAAUGAAUUCUUAUAAAUAUGGAUCCAUGAAGAUUUAGUUUAAGCAAAAUAAUUCCUGUAAUUCUUAUUCAUACUGAUGGAAUAAUAGUGGAGUUUAACAAUUUUUGUACUGA